CGGGGCGGCGUUGGCGGUUGCGGGGCAUGCGCGGCUCCGCGCGCGGCUUCUCAAACAUGGCGGCGGCGGUGUGAAGCCCGGUGCCGGCUCGCGGGACCAGCGUGACAGAAUUUCGUUGCUUUCGCCUACCGAGACCCGAGGAAAGAACAUCAGAAAGGGAUACCAUGGGACGAACAGUGAAUGAAGGUUCAAUGGAUGUCAAGAAGGAGAAUCAAGAGAAAACUCCUCAGUCAAGCACAUCUUCUGUGCAAAAGGGUGAUUUCCACUGGGACAAGUAUUUGAAAGAGACUGGAUCUUUAAGUGCUCCUUCAGAGUACUUCAGACAGUCUAAGAUUCCACCAGCUAAUGACUUCAAAGUGGGUAUGAAAUUGGAAGCCCGUGACCCUCGCAAUAUGACUUCAGUGUGUAUUGCUACGGUUAUUGGAAUUACUGGGGCCAGAUUACGUUUACGGCUGGACGGUAGUGACAAUAAAAAUGAUUUUUGGAGACUUGUUGAUUCCCCGGAUAUACAGCCUGUUGGGACAUGUGAAAAGGAAGGAGACUUACUUCAACCUCCACUGGGGUACCAAAUGAAUACAUCAUCUUGGCCAAUGUUUCUCUUGAAAACACUAAAUGGAUCUGAAAUGGCACCCGCAACUUUUUUCAAAAAGGAACCACCAAAGCCACCCCUAAAUAAUUUUAAAGUGGGGAUGAAACUCGAAGCUAUAGACAAAAAGAAUCCUUAUAUGAUCUGCCCUGCAACUAUUGGAAAUGUUAAAGGAGAUGAAGUUCACAUCACCUUCGAUGGCUGGAGUGGAGGUUUUGAUUAUUGGUGCAAGUAUGAUUCUCGAGAUAUUUUCCCAGUUGGAUGGUGCAGCCUCACAGGAGUUGUAUUACAACCACCAGGAACUAGUGUUCCUAUUGUGAAGAAAAUAGCAAAACCACAGUCUUCUCCUUCCAAAGCGACCCAGCCUUCAAUGCAGUCUCCACAGAAAACUGCUCUAGUAUUGCCAACACAGCAGAUCAAGAGAUCAGGUCGAAGUAAAUCAACUGAACAUACUUCAGUUUCCAAAAAGGGCAGUUCUGUUAAAACUACCACACCAAGGAAAAAAGGGGUAAACUCAGGAAAAAAGGAGAAAUAUCUUCCUGUGAUGUGUUCUACAUCUUCAACUUCUCUACAUUCACUGCUCAGAAAACGUGGCGUUUCAUAUGAUGAGGAUGCUUCUGCUGGGACAUCAAAAAUAAUAAUGUCUACAGUCUGUGUCUAUGUAAACAAACAUGGAAACUGUGGCCCUCACCUGGAUCCAAAGAAAAUCCAGCAGCUGCCUGACCACUAUGGCCCAGGCCCGGUGAAUGUGGUGCUCCGCCGGACCGUGCAGGCCUGUGUGGAUUGUGCCUUUCAGAGUAAGACUGUUUUUGGAUUCCUUAAGCCAGAUCAUCGUGGAGGAGAAGUGAUAACUGCCUCUUUUGAUGGGGAAACUCAUUCCGUUGAGCUCCCUCCAGUGAAUAGUGCAUCAUUUGCUCUUCGCUUUCUUGAGACCCUUUGCCACACCAUGGAGUGUGAUAACUUUUUGAGUAGCCAGCCUUUUAGCUCUUAUAAGGGUAAUACUCGUAGCCCUGUAGAGCCUGAUAAUAAACCAGCAAUAAAAGAAGAGAUAUUAGAAAAGAAAAGCACCAAACGAUCUCCUGAACAACCUCUACCUUCUGUUGUUCCUCUCUCUCCUAAGUUACCCAAAACAGAGGUGUAUGCAUGUGAAGGUAAAUGGCAUUUCCGUGGAAAUGACAUGCCCAAAGAGGAAGAGCUUCCUGAAGAUGCCGAGAAUUUGUCACUAAAUUCAGGAAGUUCUUUGAAUCCUGCCUGUAGAAAUCUUACGUUUACUCAUACUUCAGUCUCGGGAAAUUCUUCUCAAGAUAUGCCAGGCACCUCAAGUUCAGCACCAUCCACCCAGAGCAGUUACCAUGAAGUUAAAUUCCAAGCGCAGACGAAAAAUGAAGCUCCAAGUUAUAUAGCUGUACCUGACCCCAGUGUCCUGAAACAAGGCCUCUCUAAGGACCCUUCAACCUGGUCUGUGGAUGAAGUGAUACAGUUUAUGAACCAAACAGAUCCUCAGAUAUCAGGCCCCCUCGCCGACCUCUUCAGGCUACAUGAAAUUGAUGGCAAGGCUCUGCUACUGCUCAAGAGUGAUGUGGUGAUGAAGUAUAUGGGGCUGAAGCUGGGGCCAGCAUUAAAGUUAUGUCACUACAUUGAAAAACUUAAAGAAGGAAAAUAUAAUUCAAAAGUAUAAGUUUAGAUUGGAUGUAAUUCUCAGGUGUACUGAUAGUUUUAAUUUAAAAGUAUUGUUCUUCUCUUAGAAGUUUUUGUUUUAUAGAAGGUUCCUAUAAAAAUAUUUUAUCAGAAUUCUAGAACUAAGUUAACAAUUCAGUC